GAACUUGGAGCCUGGCGGCGCGCGGUUCUCGCCGGGGAUGCCGCGGCAGCUGCUUCCUGGUUUGCAGCUCGCCGAGGGGGGGAGAGCGUGAGCCCGUGGAGGCGGGGGCAGGAGGAGAGGCAGGAGGAGGCGGGGAAGAGACGCUUGGGGCCGGAGCUAACCGGACGGGUCGCUCCGGCUCUCCGGGGAGAGGAGCUACCUGGCCCUGGAGAAGGGGCGAGUCCCGCGCGAGCCCCCGGGAAGCGCCGCGCGCCCCAAAGGGUCGAUCGGGCUUCCCCGGCCCGCAGAGGGCUCGGCGCCGGGCUCCCCUCCUUUCCACCUCGGGAGGAAGGGAAGGAGGGGAGGGGAAGGUCCCACAGAGGAGGCAGAAUGGCCGGUCGAGGGGGGCUUGGACGCUGCUUUUCCCCAGAGCGGUCUCGUCUCCUGCGGCUCCCGCGAGGGCUGGCCUGAGCCGGGACUCCCCGCUCUCCCGCUGCGAGUCAGCGCGGCCCCCCGGGGCCGGGGCAGCGGCGCCGGCAUGUCGUCUGGCACUAUGAAGUUCAAUGGCUAUUUGAGGGUCCGCAUCGGCGAGGCCGUGGGGCUGCAGCCCACACGCUGGUCCCUGCGCCACUCGCUCUUCAAGAAGGGCCACCAGCUGCUGGACCCCUACCUGACGGUGAGCGUGGACCAGGUGCGCGUGGGUCAGACUAGUACCAAGCAGAAGACCAACAAACCCACGUACAACGAGGAGUUCUGCGCUAACGUCACCGACGGCGGCCACCUUGAGCUGGCCGUUUUCCACGAGACGCCCCUGGGCUACGACCACUUCGUGGCCAACUGCACCCUGCAAUUCCAGGAGCUGCUGCGCACGGCCGGCGCCUCGGACACCUUUGAGGGCUGGGUGGAUCUGGAGCCAGAGGGGAAAGUAUUUGUGGUAAUAACCCUAACAGGGAGUUUCACUGAAGCUACUCUCCAGAGAGACCGAAUCUUCAAACAUUUUACCAGGAAGCGCCAAAGGGCUAUGCGAAGGCGAGUCCACCAGAUCAACGGACACAAGUUCAUGGCCACGUACCUGAGGCAGCCCACCUACUGCUCUCACUGCAGAGAGUUCAUCUGGGGAGUAUUUGGGAAACAGGGUUAUCAAUGCCAAGUGUGCACCUGUGUCGUCCAUAAACGUUGCCAUCAUCUAAUUGUUACAGCCUGUACUUGCCAAAACAAUAUUAACAAAGUGGAUUCAAAGGUUGCCGAACAAAGGUUCGGAAUCAACAUCCCGCACAAGUUCAGCAUCCACAACUACAAAGUGCCAACAUUCUGUGACCACUGUGGCUCCCUGCUCUGGGGGAUAAUGCGACAAGGACUUCAGUGUAAAAUAUGUAAAAUGAACGUGCACAUUCGAUGUCAAGCAAACGUGGCCCCUAACUGUGGGGUAAAUGCAGUGGAGCUAGCGAAGACCCUGGCAGGGAUGGGUCUCCAACCCGGAAAUAUUUCUCCAACCUCGAAACUUGUUUCCAGAUCGACCCUAAGGCGACAGGGAAAGGAGAGCUGCAAAGAAGGAAAUGGGAUCGGGGUGAAUUCUUCCAACCGACUUGGUAUUGACAACUUCGAGUUCAUCCGAGUGCUGGGGAAGGGGAGUUUUGGGAAGGUGAUGCUUGCAAGAAUAAAAGAAACGGGAGACCUCUAUGCCGUGAAGAUUCUAAAGAAGGACGUGAUCCUGCAGGAUGACGAUGUGGAAUGUACAAUGACGGAGAAGAGGAUCCUGUCUCUGGCCCGCAAUCACCCCUUCCUCACUCAGUUGUUCUGCUGCUUCCAGACCCCCGAUCGCCUGUUUUUUGUGAUGGAGUUUGUAAACGGAGGCGACUUGAUGUUCCACAUUCAGAAGUCCCGUCGUUUUGAUGAAGCGCGAGCUCGUUUCUACGCUGCAGAAAUCAUUUCCGCGCUCAUGUUCCUCCAUGAGAAAGGAAUCAUCUACAGAGAUCUGAAAUUGGACAAUGUCCUGUUGGACCACGAGGGUCACUGUAAACUGGCGGACUUCGGAAUGUGCAAGGAGGGGAUUUGUAAUGGAGUCACCACGGCCACGUUCUGUGGCACGCCCGACUAUAUUGCUCCAGAGAUCCUCCAGGAGAUGCUGUACGGGCCUGCAGUAGACUGGUGGGCGAUGGGCGUGUUGCUCUAUGAGAUGCUCUGCGGUCACGCGCCCUUUGAGGCGGAGAAUGAAGAUGACCUCUUUGAGGCCAUACUGAAUGAUGAAGUGGUCUACCCGACCUGGCUCCAUGAAGAUGCCACAGGGAUCCUAAAAUCUUUCAUGACCAAGAACCCCACCAUGCGGUUGGGCAGCCUGACCCAGGGAGGCGAACAUGCUAUCUUGAGACAUCCUUUCUUUAAAGAAAUCGACUGGGCCCAGCUGAACCACCGCCAACUAGAGCCGCCCUUCAGACCCAGAAUCAAAUCCCGAGAAGAUGUCAGUAAUUUUGACCCUGACUUCAUAAAGGAAGAGCCAGUUUUAACUCCAAUUGAUGAGGGACAUCUUCCUAUGAUUAACCAGGAUGAGUUUAGAAACUUUUCCUAUGUGUCUCCAGAAUUGCAACCAUAGCCUCAUGGGGAAUGAGAGAGAUGGUAGGAGACGCAAAAGGGAAUAGAGAUUUUUCCAGGAAUUUCCUUCGUGGGAACUCCCCAGCAUCAGCCUUAGAACAAGAGCCUUACCUCCAAGGAGCAAGUGGAGAACUCUGUGAAGGACGGAACUGCAAGAGAUCAACUAUUUCAAAGGGAUCCAUGAUAUUGGAAAUGGUUGAUACUGAAAUGACAUUUUAUGAGGCAUUGUACUGCUCAACCUAUGCGUUUCUGUGGCUGUGUCAGGCUUGGGAUAUUAACAGGAGCCAAAACAAGUGAAGGCAUGAAGAAUAAACUAGAUCCUAGAAAUUCUGAGCCAAACAGGCUUUUUACUUUGAGAGACAGAUCAAGACUUUCUGUGGACCUCGCCGCGCUCUUCUUUAAGCCAAUGAACGCCUAAUACUGGCCGUCUGUAAGAAGCCUCUAAAUGCCAAUGAAGAAUUUAAAGAUCUAUUAAAGGAAAUAAGUGGCUUUCCAAAUAGAAGAUUUAUGCUGAAGAAUCAAAAAAAUGGUAUUCCUAAAACUCACAACUUAAAGCCCAACCUUGAAAACAGAUGUUGGGCACCAAGACAACUGCCACAGCCUAUUCUGGUAUCCUUACUUUCUUUAAUAGAUAUUUAUUGAGUUUCCAGGAAAAGAGGCCACGAUACCCAGUAUUGUAGACAAUAGAUUUACAUUCAUGAAGCUUUCAUUCAUUCUGGAGUCUACUAAUUGACCUGAAUAGUGUUUGCAUUCUGUGAAAUGCCUCUCCACAUUGCAUAUGUCACAUUUCUUUGUCUACACAUAACUCUUGUUUCACAGAAAGGUCACCACCACAGCAGCACAAUCAGCAGGUGAGCUGCAGGUGCUUGCUGCCUGCCGAUCCCGGGGAAUCUGAUCAUGUCGCUAUCGCUCUGGGCUCAUCGGUGAAGAAUUGCAGGCCACGCGUGUCAGGGACCAAAUUUAUGGCUUACACAUUAGCAGUUUAUUUAAGUUAUGUUUUAAGAGACAAAAAUGUUUCCUACACACUUUAAUAAUGAGAAAUGGAUCUUGUACACAGGAUGUAUAUCAAAGGCAGACCUUAUAUGUACCCGUAAAUGCAGUCUGAGAAUUUUGUCUGGGUGGAAAUAAACGCAUUUUGUAGCAAAAGGAAA